AUGGAUGCAGACGCAAAGCCUCAAUGUAAAAAGGAAGCGGCAGAAUAUGACUUGGGCCUGCACGUAGCAGGGCUUUUCCUGGUUCUGGCAGCAUCAUGCAUAGGCUGUGGCUUCCCCGUGGUGGCCAAGAAAGUCAAGUGGAUGAAGAUUCCCCCAAAAGUCUUCUUUGCUUGCAAGCAUUUCGGAACCGGGGUUCUCAUAGCCACUGCCUUUGUUCAUGUGACUUCUCCCACCGCCUUUGAGAGCCUCGGAACCCAUGCCUUCCCAACCUUUUACAAAGGAUUAUCCACCACUCCCGGAGUCAUCAUGAUGGGUUCGUUGUUCACUUUUGGGGUUGAGAUGUGGCUCAAUGCGAAGACGGGAGGACACUCGCACGGCGGGCCCACGGGCGAGAGUCUCGACCUCAACAAGCUGGCUGCCCUGCACUCGCCUCGCCAUAAACAACCACCGCCGGCCUUUGAUGAGGCCAGUUACGGUUUCCCAAUGGACAGGAAAGAGCCUGUUGACAUUCAGUCUGUCAAGAGCGUCUACGAGCGGCACGUUGCUUCUAACGUUUACGACGACGACAAUGCGCGAGAUAGCCUAUCAACCAUGCCCGCGUGGUUCGUCGUCUUCUACGAACAAUAUAUUCGCCAACACAACCAAAUGAUAGAUUUGGUAAACUCGCAGCAGCAAUCGAACUCGCGAUCGCCCAAGGUGAAGGAUGGAGUGUUCAAGAAGAUGUCGACAAACAUCACAUUGUUGGAGGGAGGCAUUCUAUUCCACUCCGUCUUCGUGGGAAUGACGAUUUCCAUCACUAUUGACGGCUUCGUCAUCUUGUUGGUCGCCAUUCUGUUCCAUCAAAUGUUUGAGGGCCUUGGCUUGGGAUCCCGAAUCGCCGCCGUGCCAUAUCCCAAGGGAAGCUAUCGGCCGUGGCUGCUAGUCUUUGCCUUUGGGACGACGGCCCCCAUUGGUCAGGCUAUUGGCUUGAUCACCCGGAGCAGCUAUGAUCCCGAGAGCGCAUUCGGGCUUAUCAUCGUCGGUGUUUUCAACGCCAUAUCAUCGGGUCUGCUUAUCUACGCCGCUCUGGUCGACCUCUUGGCCGAGGAUUUCCUAUCCGAGGAGGCAAAUCACUUGAUGAACGGCAAGAAGAAGGCCAUUGCGUUUGCCUGGGUUCUUGCGGAGCCCUCGGCAUGUCCAUUGUCGGAGCAUUCGCUUAAAACCCAGCAACGAGGCGAAUCACACCAGCUGAGAAGCAGACAAGACCAGGCGCUUACAAACGUCGCGGCCUCCACGUACACCUGUCUACCGCCUGCCCCUAGCAUGAUAGCGUUUGCUCGUUAUUCUCUUUGA